AUGUCAGACAAGGGAAAAGGGAGAGCGACAAACCCAAUCAGUUUCGAUUCAGAUAGUGAUGAUGAUUUCUUCGUAAGUAGACGUAAACCUAUAAUAAGAGAGACCACCGCUCCUAGAUCCCCUACUCCACCCAUUCGCACUCAUUCUGACUCAGAAGACGACGACGACGCUUCGCCCGACAGACAACGAAAGAAGAAACCCCGCAAAGCGCCCGUCAAGAAACCCACACUUGACUUACCUGCAUGGACAAGACAGGGGUCUAAUGGUGAUAAGAAGAAUGGAAGUAGAUCGAGAAAGGGUAGUAGUCAGAUCAGAGGCAGUACGGAAGAAAGAGCGGACACGAUUGUUAUUGAUGAUUCCGAUGAAGAAAUUGGUAUUGUGGGUGGAUCAAGCUCGAAGCCCACAAAGAAAGUCAUAAGGAAGAGGGUGCAGCUCACUCCUCCGCCCGAAUUGAGUGAGAAAAGUAAGGCGGAUAUCGUCAAACUUGUUCGCGAACAUAUGAGCGAGAAGUAUGGCGAUCAAGCUCCUCUAGACGAUUCAGCUAGUUCUCCCGAGAAAGAUAAGAACGAUGUUGAGAAAGUACAUGUCACAAUACGAAUGCAAGCUCCCCCUGAGAAGAAGCAGACCGCCGCUCCGGCUGCUAUUAAGGAAUAUCAGAAAGCCAGAACAUUGAUUUUAUCCAGAACCGGCCCAAUGUCAACGGGUAUCUCAAUUCUGAGUGAACGUAUACAGAAACGUCCCGAGGAUGUUAUACUAGUAUACGAUGAUAAGAGGGUCUAUCCGAGAUCUACACCUGCACAAUUGGGUAUAUUGGAUAAAGCUGAGAUGAUUGGUUACGAGAAAGAUUAUUGGAUGAAAUUGGAAGCCGAUAAACGAUCGGCAUUAGAGGAAGAUCUAAUGUAUAGUAAUUAUAGUAACAACCAAGAAGAGGAAGAAGAUGAUGUGAUACCACUCAAUCCGAAUGGUAUCUCUUCCUCAUCAUCUUCCAAACCAUCUUAUACUUCUCAAUCUCAAUCACUACCUCAAAGUCAGACCCAAAUUCAGACACACACACAGACACAGCAAGAUAUCAUACAUUUCAAGAUUUCCUCUUCAUUCGGAGAAGAACGUAUGAAAGGACCCAAGACGCUGAAACUCCAAUCUGUCAUUCGAUUUUACCUGAAAAAAUUGGGUAGACCAGUUGAAGAAGCUGAGAAAUGGUAUAUAAUGUUUGAUGGGGAGAAAUUGGAUAAAUCGUUGAGGAUUGAGGAGACAGAAGUGGAAGAUGGCGAUAUGCUGGAAGCUGGGAUGUAG